AUGGGAUUAUUUUCGACAGAAGAUCCGGAUGACAGAAUCGCAGUUCUUUUGCAGGAGGCAAGAAUGUCAUCACCCUCGACACAAGCAGAAGGAAUUCCACGGGAUAUUAUUGGGAAAGAAACAAUUCUUUUUUUGCGUGGUGAUCCCAGGAUCCAGACUGCUGCUUCUAGUGAAUCAUUCUCUGGCCCGGGAAUUUCCGAGAUACGCUUCAUGAAGCUCGAGAUUUAUGGUUAG